AUGAGCCAACAAGCAUCAUCACCACAGAAGACAGCGGUAGUCAGUUCAGAAAAAGUAGUUGUCGGAAGUUCUAGAAAGACUGAAAGGAUUGAGAAUGAUGUUGAUAUUUCUAAGAGACUUCGCCAAAGGGCUAAAACGUCAGCGGCUUCUUACAUCGAUUUAGAUACAAUUCAAAAGUCUACAAGAUUUGUUAUUGAUCGUUUAUUCAAUACACCAGAUUACAACUUUUUUGGAGACAAGGAACAAGAAGAAGAACUAAACAAUUCAUGGUCACAGUUCAUUGAAACAUUACCAAAAGAAACUGACGCUGCUUCCAAAUUGAAAAGGAACAGAAUGAAGAUGGCAUUCGUGGCAGCGAACUAUCAUGUCAUUUCCUCGAAGAAUCCAAGCUCCAAGUUAGACAAGGAUUAUGUUGCCAGCUUGCAAUAUCGAAAGGAUCUUGAUUCUAUCUACCUGUUUUUGAAACUAGGGACAUCUAAAUUGUUGGAUGAAACAGGGAAGCAACUUGAAGAUGAAGAGCAGACGACUUUGGAGAACAUGGUAUUGAAUUUGUUUAAAAUAGCAAUUAUUUUGUCACUUCCUGUACCACUAUUGGAUGCCCCUGAAAGGGAGCUGGAGCAGUCAGAAAAUGACAUAAAUCAAGGAAUAACAGCAUCAGCUCAGCUGCUACGUUUAGUAACAAAUUAUGUCAGUAGAGCAACAAUCUUUGAUACGUAUUUCCAAAUCAAUCCACUGCCUGUGGAAAACUUUGAUGAGGAAUUUAUAAAUGGUAUUUUCAGAAAUCUCAUAAUUGAUUUUGAAUUUUUAUUGACAGUUACACCUGUUUUGCAAUCGAAUGGAUUUAAAUUCGACUAUAUAAAUGAAUCGAUAGUUUCAGAUAUCGUGAGAAUUUACACUUUAUUUCCAGUGACUAGUUUGGUGCCAAGUGAAGAACCUCUACCGCAACAUAGUGUGUUUUCUAAAGUAAGAACAGACUUCGCAUUAAUCAUUGAAAAAGAUGAUAAAUGGUUUCAGGUACCAGUGGAGAUUAAGCCAACAGGGAUAUUGAAAGCGUUCCAACAAAGAAACGAUGAAAGAAAUAACACAACUUUCCUUGACUUGUUCAACCAGGUAGUGUAUCAGAUGAUUACUUUUAAGUCACGAUUAGGGUUUGCUAUAGACCGGUAUUGUGUGCUUAUAAUAGAAAUCGAUAAGGAUGCUGAAUAUAACCGAGAAAAUAAUAUUGACGGGGCUGUAUACCAGUUAAAGUGCCGUAUGGAUUGCUUCAAUUUAUUCGAGUCGAAAUUUAACGUCAAAGCCUUCAUGGUUGCAUUAUGUAAACAAUAUUUUUCAAGUGUUUCUCGAAACGAUGAAAGUAAAUUAGAAGAACUAUUCAAAACGUUGGAAAUGACCGAAGAAGAUAAAGAAAGGAAUAGAGAAUGGCAAGUUGGAUUCGUGAGACAGGAAUGGGCAUCAACUUUCAGUAACUACUCGCUACAGGGUAAAGAAUAUGUGCACAACCAGUAUCGUUGCCUUAGUAUACCAAAGGAUUGUUAUGAGGCAAAAAGGACUCUCAGAUAUAGUUCUAAACUCAAUGAGAAGGAUUUCAAUAUUGUGCAGUCGAAUAUCAGGCCAGAAGUUAAAAUAGAGAACAAAUACUUCUCUCAAGUUGGUGUAGUGAAAUGCAUCACCAAAAGUGUAAAUAUCGAUUUGAAAAAGCGAUUGGUUUUGAAGGUGUACAAUCCGUCACGCAGUCCGUCGCGAGGUAUAUUACCUCGUCGUGCCUUUCUCAGUGCAUAUGAAUUUGCUCUAAGUAUGUUUUUACUUGAAGUAAGGGCAUAUAGAGCGUUGGGAGUACGCCGCAGUGGAAAGAAUCUGGGACAAAAGAAUUACAUUCCUCGAUUGUAUCAAUUUGGAUAUUGUGAAUGGAAGGGAUAUAGUCAGUUCCAGGGUUUUUAUUUACUUAUAGAGUAUAAAGACAACCACACUCUGUCAUUGUCAGCACCCGUUCUUUUUAAGAAGAGCUUGGAAUCCCUUGACAUAAUUCAUCAAAAAGGGUUUCUACACGGAGACAUCCACCAAGGGAACUUCUUUUAUUCAAAAGAAGAUGAUGUUGUUUACUUCAUUGAUUUUGGAUUGCUGCGUCCGACUAAAUUAAGUGAUUUCAAUUCACAACAGACAGACGACCUAGUAUAUAAAGAAAUCCUAAAAUUAGGUAAGGCAUGUCACGCUGAAAAGCUUGCUCAAGAUGUCGUAAAAGACCGUAAAUCAAAGAAGGAGGAAACAAAGAAGGAGGAAACAAAGAAGCCGAAUUCAAAAAAACAGAGAAUAUCUUAA